GGCAGCAGGACCCCUGACUCUCUGUCUGGACAGCGCUGAUUGGCCCUGUGCUAAUCACAUGCACUCUCCCAAGAAAUAAAACAAAAAAUAUCUAGCAAUACACACCAAUCUGAGCAUGUGCAGCUUGCCCCAAAAGUUCUGUUCUAUCAGCAGAUGGAUUGGGGACAGUAGAAGGGGAGGAUCAGAGAAGACAGGAUCAAACAGUGGUUUUAUACAAUGCAGAGGAUUAACCCCUCAGGUUCCACAGUGAGUAUAACAAGCAUGCUUUACUGCAUAUACAGACUGAUUGUACUGUUGUGGGUUUAG